GAAUGUAAGGGAGUAAUUCAUUUUGAGAGGAGGGAGUAUGGAAGUGAGAGGGUAUAUAUAUUGAGAAUCUUGUUCUUGUGGCCACCUCAAACUCAAAGUUGUAGCUUUGGGUUGGUUGGCAGGAAGCCACCCUCUCUAUUAAUUAUAAACUGUGUUAACUACCGGUUGAUGACUUGCAUGCAUUCUUAGCUGAGCUAUGGGAGUCCCCACCGGCCGCCGCCGCUGCUCCGCCCUGAUCCUCCUCCUCCUCCUCCUCCUCACCGUCACCGCUAUUGCAUCACUGAGCAGUAAUGUUGCGGAAGGAAGACUUCACAUUUCCAAGAAACAGAGUAAUGACGAAGAUGCCCCUGUUUCGGCGCCCCCUCCCGUAGCUCCCUCCGACCCUGUUUCGCCCCUUCCGGUGGUUCCCUCCGACCCCGUUUCGCCCUCUCCGGUGGUUCCCUCCGACCCUGCUUCGCCCUCUCCGGACGCCGGCAGUGCUCCGCCGUCAGAUGAGGAUUCGGGGCCGUGCGUUUUCGACGUCACGGAUUACGGGGCCGUCGGCGACGGGAGCAGCGACGACACCGCCGCGUUUGUGGCGGCGUGGAAGGCCGCCUGUCAGGUCGAGUCGGCCGUUCUGUGGGCCCCUCCCGCCCACACUUUCUUGAUCACUUCAACCAUUUUCUCCGGUCCCUGCAAGCCUGGGCUUGUAUUUCAGGUGGACGGAGUGGUGAUGCCGCCGGAGGGGCCGGAAUGUUGGCCGGAAAAGGACAGCGCAAAGCAGUGGAUUGUGUUUUAUAAGCUCGAUGAUAUGACCCUGAAUGGCACCGGAACUAUUGAAGGGAAUGGACAAAAGUGGUGGGAUCUCCCCUGCAAACCUCAUAGGGGACCAAAUGGGGCAACACUGAAAGGACCAUGUGACAGCCCAGUGCUGAUACGGUUUUUCAUGAGCUCGAAUCUGGUGGUGGGAGGUGUACGGAUCCAGAAUAGUCCCCAGUUCCACAUAAAAUUCGACGGCUGCGAUGGAGUGGAAAUCCACCAUCUCUCCAUCUCCUCUCCCAAGCUCAGCCCCAACACUGACGGCAUCCACGUCCAAGACACCAAAAACGUUAAAAUCCACAACUCCGUUAUUGCCAACGGGGACGAUUGCAUAUCAAUUGGGCCGGGCUGUUCUAAUGUUGAGAUUGACGCUGUUACUUGUGGGCCCAGUCAUGGAAUCAGCAUUGGGAGCCUUGGGAUCCACAACUCACAGGCCUGUGUUUCAAACGUAACAGUAACAAAUGCCGUGAUAAAGGAGUCGGACAACGGGCUACGGAUCAAGACGUGGCAGGGUGGGUCCGGGUCAGUGACGGGAAUCAGGUUCGACAACAUCCAGGUAGAGAAUGUGCGCAACUGCGUCAUCAUCGACCAGUACUACUGCCUCAGCAAGGACUGCCGGAACCAGACGUCCGCAGUGUACGUGAACGAUGUCUCGUUCCGCAACAUAAAGGGGACGUACGACGUGCGGAACCCGCCGAUACACUUUGCGUGUAGCGACACGGUGGCGUGCACCGGGAUAGUCAUGUCGGAGGUGGAGCUGUUGCCCUAUGAAGGGGAGUUGGUGGAUGACCCCUUUUGUUGGAACGCCUAUGGGGCGCAAGAGACUUUGACUAUACCCCCUAUUGAUUGUUUGUUGGAUGGAGCCCCUAAGUCUAUCAUAGAUGCCCAAUAUACAUGUUGAUUAGUCACUUCAUCAUACUUCACAAUAAAUAGUGUGAUAUAUAUUUGAGUAUAUAGGAAGUAGGUUGUGUUGCAAUCAUAUAUAAGAUUGAUACUAUAUAUUUCAUAAAGAGUCAUUUUUAGACGGUAUAGAUAGUCAUUAUCUAUAUAUAUCUGUAAAGUAUUUGAUGUCAAAUUUUAGUAUCGAAUUAUAAUGUUAAAAUAGAUUUAUCCUUAGGUA